AGGAAGUACCGCAUUCACACAGGGACUUGUAGUUUUCAUAGCUCUAUCAGUCUGUGGGUUAGCGCGUUGUUUUAGAGCGCUUUAUACACACACACACACGAGCGGAGUCGAGUCUUUGGAUCGGUUUAGUGGCUCGUGUGAGUGUUUGAGUGAGAGCUAAAAGCGCUGUUCUGGAUCGAUCUGGAACCUUCCACACGCGCCCCUCCCGCGCUCACGCUACCCAUAAGCCACCGCGCGCGCCUCCAUUCUUCUCUCCAUCCAACAUGUCCAUGACAGAGGGUCCGUUAACCGUGCUCGGCCAGAGGACGACCGGCGAGUCCGUGAGGACUCAGAACGUCAUGGCCGCUGCAUCCAUUGCUAACAUCGUGAAGAGCUCUCUGGGUCCCGUCGGCCUGGACAAGAUGUUAGUGGACGACAUCGGAGACGUGACCAUCACCAAUGAUGGAGCCACCAUCCUGAAGCUGCUGGAGGUGGAGCACCCGGCGGCUAAGGUCCUCUGUGAGCUAGCAGAGCUGCAGGAUAAGGAGGUUGGAGAUGGCACAACAUCAGUGGUGAUCAUCGCUGCUGAGCUGCUGAAGAGUGCCGAUGAGCUCGUCAAACAGAAGAUCCACCCCACCUCCAUCAUCAGUGGAUACAGACUGGCCUGCAAGGAGGCAGUCAGAUACAUCAGUGAGAACCUGACCAUCAGCACUGAUGAUUUGGGCAGAGAGUGUCUCAUCAAUGCUGCCAAGACUUCCAUGUCCUCUAAGAUCAUUGGAGUUGAUUCAGAUUUUUUUGCUAAUAUGGUGGUGGACGCUGCCCUGGCUGUGAAGUUUGUUGAUGGGAAAGGUGUUGCUCGCUAUCCCAUCAACUCUGUGAAUGUGCUGAAGGCUCACGGACGCAGCCAGAAAGAGAGUUUCCUCGUCAACGGAUACGCACUUAACUGCACUGUCGGAUCACAAGGAAUGGUGAAGCGUGUGUCCAAUGCCAAGAUAGCCUGUCUGGACUUCAGCCUGCAGAAAACUAAGAUGAAGCUGGGUGUUCAGGUGCUCAUCAGCGAUCCGGAGAAACUGGACCAAAUCAGACAGAGGUGA